AUGGAUCGAAACGAAGAAGAUAUGAAAUUCGUUGGCUUCUUCGGCAUCUUCAAACAAUCAUUCAAAACCAUCUUCUCAUGGAAGAAAAUCUUCGCGCAAAUUACUCUCACCUUAAUCCUACCUCUCACAAUCGUCUUCUUAGUUCACAGGGAAAUCUCCCAUCAUUUAUUCGGGAAAAUCGAGUUCUUGAAUAUCGACAGCAAUUCUUUGCUUCAGAUUGAACCUAUUGACAACGAUGGAAGCCGAACAGGCGCCAUGGAUUGGCUCUACUACUGGCUGUUCACAAUCGCCUACUUCAUCUUCCUCACCGUCUUCUCCAUCCUCUCAACCGCCGCCGUCGUCUUCACCAUCGCCUCCAUCUACACCGACAGAGAAGUCGUUUUCCGAAAUGUCAUGAAAAUCGUUCCGAAGGUCUGGAAACGCCUUUUGGUCACUUUCUUAUUCAUAUACCUGGCGCUCUUCAUCUUCGAUGUAAUCGGUGGGGUGGCUCUGGUUAUCUUCGGAUCUAUCUUUCACAAUUCAAUUUUUGGUGCAAUCCUUUUGCUCAUCUUCCUCAUCUUAUACAUUAUUGGUCUGUUAUACCUGAGCUUUGUUUGUCAACUGGCUAGCGUCAUUACUGUUCUGGAAAACACCCAUGGAUCUAAAGCCAUGAGGAAAGGUAAGGAUCUGGCGAAUGGGAAGAAGAAAGUGGGAAUGGGAAUUUCAUUCGUGUUGUACGGAUUUUUGCUUGGAUUACUUAUUGUGUAUGAGUUGUUCGUGGAAUACGGUGGACAAAAUUUGGGAUUGGAGAUGAUUUGGAGGGUGAUGAUCGGAAUACUAUGUGGGCUUUUGCUUUUGAUGCUGUUCUUGCUCCUCAUCGUGACCCAAACAAUGCUUUAUCUGGUCUGCAAAUCUCAUCACCGGGAAGCCAUUGACAAGCUUAGUUUGUCGACGUUUUUAGGAGCUUACAUGGGGGAGACGGUGGUGUAUCCCGCCGGCGGCGAGGAAAUCCAGCUAGGAAGACCUCAACAUCAACAGGUUUAA